AUGCUUUUUAUAGCGAUCGGCUUUUUCGCUAUUUUUGUGCAUUUGGGCCGUUCUCAAGAUGAUUUUACAUCAAAGUGUAUCGAUUCACGAUACCACGAAAUCGCGGAUCAAUGCAAGAAUGUUUCCAACUCUAGGCCUCGGUGUGACUUGACCGGUCAGAUUUUUUUUUUAAUCCGUCGAUUUUUCGCAUUGCAGCUGAAGAAGACGUGCAGCUGCUGAAGGAGCUCCAAGAAUGCUGUCGGAACAUUAAAAAUUGUGUGCCCCGAAGCUUCGAAAAGUACUGUUGCGAGAAGGAGCCUUGUGCUCUUGAAUGCAAAGAUCCCGUGGGUUACUUCACGCAAACUAUUUUGAAAGAGUAACCUGUAUAUUCCUUUCAUUUCAGAUGCCUGCAAAUGGGAAAAGUGUAGUAGUGCCGGCGAUCCGAAAAUUGGUCCUUGGUACAUAUGAAUCGACUGGAAAAAGAGUCUUCCGCGCGGAACUAAUGAGAAAAGUGCAGAAGAGACUGAUUUACAAGCUCGAUAGAGCGAUCAACAGCAAAAGAAUCGAUGAAGUGCUGGAGAUCAUGGCGCCUUCCGUUUUAAUCGUCUACAACGGUCAAGUUGUUGACAAACCUGGUUAGUUUUGAUGCUAUAAGUUGUUUUUGUUUUUCACCAUCAGUCCGGUUCCCCUUUUUCAAUUCAAAAAAGUAUGAUUUUUUUUUCAGAUAUAAGUUAAAUGAAUGAGCUUUGUCUCUACAUCCGUGAAGCGCAACAUUUUUUUCCCAUAUGUUCAUGGAGUUUUUCAGAAAAGAUGUCCGAAUUCAUGGAUGCGAGACUGUUGGAAGAGAGGACAAUUCACGUUAGUUUUUAUCAAAAUAUUUCAAAAAAAAUGGUCUUUUCAGUUUUUGGUUGAUGCUGUAUACAAACCGGGUUACGGGAGCGCAGUCUUCUUUUUCAAAGGAUUUAUGUGUUCUCAGCUUGAUUAUUGCUCUGAGUUCAGUUUGACCUACAAAUGGGUACAGUCAUCAGGAAAACAAACUCAAAAGUACUCUAUGUAACUUGCAGAAUCCGAAGAAGAAAAACUUCUUCAUUAUCGAAUUCAAAAACAACGAAACUACCGUGCAGCCUGAUAUCCACGAUUACCCAUACACCAAUAAAUUGAUUAGGUGAAAUCUGAUAAAUUCAAGGCUUUCAAAAACUCUUUCAGAACUAAAUAAUGUCUCGAUCUCAUCGAUCAAACGAAGAAUUUGAACAUUAACCAGGAAGAGAUAUUCGCAGAUCAUCUUUUCGACAACUGUGUACUAUUUGUUAUGUUUGAAUUGAUUCUUUUCCGCCACAAUAAAAAUCUUUUAUUAUUUCAACUUUUUUUUGGUGGUAGGAAAAAAAGACCAGCGAAAAUUCAAACGGCGACUUUUCUUAUUUUGUCAUAUCGCUAGUGAACUUUCCGACGGAGAAGUCCCCGGCGAAUUUUUCCCGACUUUUUUUCUCGAUGCACUCUUUUAAUCAUUAAAUCUUCCUAUAUAAAAUAAGCAAAAAGUUUAAUAGAGGUUUUAUAAACCGAAAAAUAUAAGAGAAAAAAGUCGGAAAGAUAUUCGUCGGAAAGGUGGCCGUCGGAAAGUUCCCUAGCGAUAUGAAAAAAUCGGAAAAGUCGCCGUUUGAAUUUUCGCUGGCCUUUUUUCAUACCACCUUUUUUUGCAGAAAUUUUUUUAUCAAAUGACCAAAAAAAAUUUACUGAGGUUCAUGAAACAAAGGCUUAACAUUUUUUUGAGAAGGUCUUCAGACUCGAAUUACCCGUACCGUAAUUCAUGUUCUGAUCCGCUUAAUAGAAAAUAGAUCAUUUUUCAAAUGGCGCUAUAGUCCGCCUUCCAACGCUCGAGCGACCAGCCGAUCGGAUAUCUCAUUCCGUCUAUUUUAUUUUGGUAUCUUCUUUUUGAUUCAUCGUUUUAUUUUUACUCCAUAGAGUCCAUACCUGUACAUUGUCGAAGUUUCACCUAUUAGCUAAAGAUAUUAUUCAAAAGUUGACGUUAAAAACACAGAAAAUGGUUAGUUGUAUACAACAUGUAGGUAUUCCUUUGUAUUUAUUCAGUCUUUAGAGGAAUCGAGAAGAAAAAUUUUUAGAUUUGCAGUCUUUCUUAUAUACCGGUUAGUUGGUUAGUUGUAUACAUACCGAAUACGUUCACGAAAAAGACAACUUUAUAGAAAAAAAAUUAUGUGAUCUUCACUUAUUUUGCAGAUAGCUUUAAGGAAUUAAAAAUUUUCACACCAGUAUGGUGUAUAUUGAAUGGAACUCAUUAUAAGUUUUCUGAAAAAGUUUCAAAUUCCUACGACUCGAAUCACUCGAACGGAAAUUUAUUUUUUGAUCCGUCUAAUAAAAAAUAGAUCAUUUUUUGAUUGGCGCGAGCAUCCAUCUUCUAUACCGCUCAUGAGUUCAAAGGCGAUCCCUUUCUCCCUUUCCGCUUUUAUAGUUUUGUUAUAUAUACUAAAUCGCAGAAUGCGUGCAAUUUUUCGCAGAUUUCUGCCGAAGGCAAUGCAGCCUGCCCGAUUUCGCCAGAGUGUGUCUAUCGAACAAGUCAUUUGCGGGAUGGUGCGAGAGGCGACAGACUCUCCCGGCGGAAAACUUUCCCGCUCCCUCAAUUGA